AUGAAGAUGGAGCAGAGCGCACAGCACGGAGGUCACCUGCCUUCCAGCCUUCCUGAGAGACCGGUCAAAGCCUGCCGGGGGAAACUGGAGGACACAGACAACCAGAGAGCCCUCUGGUUCCCUAUCUGUGAAAUGGGGACAUCGCUCAGCUGCCCUGCCUCACCCCAUGGGAACACCGUGAAGGGGAAAGGUCGGCCGCCGCUCCGCCAGGCCGGCCCGGCUCCGCGGUCGGAGCUCUCCACAAACACGCCCCCUCCGGCCGCCUCUGCCGGGCGAGCCGGGCCCGCGCCCGCCAGAUGUGACCAGCUCGGGGCCGGGCCGGGCCAGAGACUGUCUGCAGCCCGCGCGGGGGGCGGCCACGGCGAGGCUCCGGAGCCCCCACCCCCACCCCCCGGGACCCCGAGCCAGCCGCCCUCCCUCGGGGACGCGGGAGCCGGGGAAAGGGCUGGGUCGCCGGCGCGCGAGGCCGGCCUCCAGCAGGGGAGGGCCCCGGGGACGCGGAGCCCCCCCACCCCACCCCGGCCAUCUCCUCCGAUGCCCCCCCCGCCCCCGCCGGCCGGGCCGCUGGGAGGGGGCGGCGGCGCGACCCGCGUGCGCCGGGGCGGCUCCCCUCCCGGCGGGCAGAGGAAGGCCCCCCCGCCUCGCCCGCCCUCUCCGCCCAGCCCUCCCACAUUCCUGGGACCCGGCACCCGGGACGCGGCUCCCAAACCACGAGCCUGUACCCUCGACCCCGGCUCCGGGGUCCACAGGUUUGGGUCGCCAGAUGUGGACCGAGACCCCUCUCGAGGGCACAGCCAGGCCUGCGUUCAGAUGGCACCCCAGCGAUGGCCUGCUUGA